AGAAUUUCCAUAAUUCGGUUAUUUAGAAUAUUGCAGAUACAAAGCCUGGGUUUUUUCAAAAUCCGAAGCGUUUGCAGAAAAGGACUUAAGCUAUAUGGGGAAGAGAAAGUCAAGGGCGAAGCCGCCUCCUAAGAAGCGAAUGGACAAGCUUGACACUGUUUUCAGCUGCCCUUUCUGCAACCAUGGCACUGGUGUUGAGUGCCGCAUCGAUAUGAAAAACCUAAUUGGGGAAGCCUCAUGCAGGAUUUGUCAAGAGAGCUUCAGCACUACUGUAACAGCUUUAACCGAGCCGAUAGACAUCUACAGUGAAUGGAUUGAUGAAUGUGAGCGGGUCAACAACCUGGAGGAUGAUGGUACUUUAGAAGGCAGAGCUGAUGCCUAGAAAACCAAUUCCAUUUUGUGAUAAAAAAGCUUGAAGUGAUCUGAAUGUUUUCAAGGUUUUGAUGAAUCUGUUGGUUCAGUGGGAACAAUAGGUUAUAAGACAGUAUUAGUAGUUCUAAGUAGGCCACUUCUGAUUGUCACUGCUGCAGUUGGCUGGGAAUUUGGAGAAUAAGUGACCUUAACUGCAUGAAAGUAAACUCCUUUGUUUCUGAACCCAACGGGUGCAUUUGAUAAGACCUUAAGGUAUUAUGUAUAAAGAAUGUGUGCUAAUGAAAUGCUUGUGUCGGUGCUUGGUUUUUUUUACA